UUCUAUUUCAUUCUUCACGGGGCAGAAUUUACGCUGAACGUUCAAAGGAUGAAUCCUGGAUGUCUCGGGCCGUUCAUCUUCCAGUCCCCUGUCCUGUUCAACUUGGUUCGUUAAGAAAUGACUCCUUGGAAGCACAGCUUCAUGAGUAUGUCAAACAGGGGAACUAUGUGAAAGUGAAGAAGAUUCUUAAGAAAGGAGUGUAUGUCGAUGCAGUUAACUCUCUGGGCCAGACAGCGCUUUUCAUUGCGGCAUUGUUAGGCCUUACGAAAUUAGUUAAUGUCCUGGUGGAUUAUGGAUCGGAUCCAAACCACCGCUGCUUUGAUGGGAGCACUCCUAUCCAUGCAGCAGCAUUUUCAGGCAAUCAGUGGAUCCUCAGCAAACUGCUGGAUGCAGGGGGUGAUCUUCGACUCCACGAUGAGAAGGGUCGGAACCCUGAGACCUGGGCUCUGGCAGCAGGGAAGGAACGCGGCACCGCAAUGGUGGAGUUCAUGCAGCGCUGUGCCGCGCACAUGCAGGCCAUCAUCCAGGGCUUCUCCUAUGACCUCCUGAAGAAGAUUGACUCCCCUCAGCGGCUCAUCUGUGGCCUGCCCCGGUUUGGGGGCCUCAUGCAGGGAAGCCCUAAUGGCUCUCCUAACCGACUGCUUAAAGCUGGAGUCAUUUCUGCCCAAAAUAUCUACAGCUUUGGCUUUGGAAAGUUUUAUCUCACAGGGGGCAUGCAGCUGGCUUAUCUAGGAUCGCUUCCAGUAAUUGGAGAAAAGGAAGUGAUUCAAGCUGACGAUGAGCCCACCUUCUCUUUCUUCAGUGGCCCCUACAUGGUCAUGACCAACCUGCUGUGGAACGGGAACAGGGUCACAGUGAAGGAGCUGCAUCUUCCCACCCACUUGCACUGCCGCAGGCUGCGGCUGGCUGACUUGUUAAUUGCUGAGCAAGAGCACAGCAGCAAGCUGCGGCACCCUCACCUGCUACAGCUGAUGGCUGUGUGCCUGUCCCAGGGCCUGCAGAAGACCCGCCUCGUGUACGAGCGCGUCGCCGUCGGCACGCUGUUCGCUGUCCUCCAUGAACGGCGGGCCCAGUUCCCCGUGCUGCGCAUGGAGGUGAUCGUGCACCUGCUACUCCAGACCUCCGACGCCCUGAGAUACCUGCAUUCUCGGGGCUUUAUCCACCGUUCCCUCAGCUCCUACGCCAUCCACAUCGUCUCCACAGGGGAAGCGAGGCUGACCAACCUGGAGUACAUGAUGGAAAGCCGGGAUGGAGGUGUACACAAGGACCUGACUCGAGUAUCCCUCCCCACCCAGCUGUACAAUUGGGCCGCCCCGGAGGUGAUCAUACAGAAGGCAGCCACAGUGAAGUCAGACAUCUACAGCUUUUCUGUGAUCAUACAGGAGAUUUUAACAGACAGCAUACCCUGGGAUGACUUAGAUGGCUCAGUUAUUAAAGAAACCAUAGUCUUGGGAAAUUAUUUAGAAGCUGAUGUCAGGCUUCCGAAACCUUACUAUGACAUUGUUAAGUCAGGCAUCCAGGUCAAGCAGAAAGACCGAACUAUGAACCUUCAAGAUAUCCAGUAUAUUCUGAAAAAUGACUUAAAGGAUUUUAUUGGAGCCCAGAGAACUCAGCCAACCGAGAGCUCCAGGGUGCAGAGAUAUGAACUCCAUCCUGAUGUUAAUGUCUGUUUAGGAGUGACUUCAGAACAUCCAAAAGAGACCCCUGACUUGCAAAUAAAAGAGCUGAAGAAAACAGCAGGUGGUCAGCUUCAUUCACCAAGGGGUCACUCUGCUCCCACCGAGAAAGCAACACCAGAGCCUCUGGUCCCAGACCCAAGUCUGGAGGCCCAGGAGACACAGAACCAAGGCGCUGCUUCUCCUGCUUGCUCUGUGGGGGAAGAGGCCAGGAGCCCCAGCCCAGGUCAGGCAAGCCUCUGCAGCUUCGAAAUCAACGAAAUCUACUCAGGCUGCCUGGACAUGGGAGAUGACAAAGAGGAAGAGCCCCCAGGAACUGGUUCAUCUCUUGAGGGGGCCAGACAAAACCAGGUAGAUGAACUGAAGUCCAUGGAAGAAGAGUUGGAAAAGAUGGAGAGAGAGGCGUGCUGUUUUUGCCAUGAGGACAGCAGCUCUUCGGAAGCUGACACGGAGCUCUCCUUUGAGGACUGGGACCGGCAGGAUGGGUCACUUAGCUCACCCAGCCUGCCUGAGCCAGCCAGAGGAGCCAAGGGCGACGUGAGCAACAGGUCCAUGACCGAGGAGUACAUCAGUAAGUGUGUGCUGAAUCUGAAGAUCUCACAGACCUUAAUGCACCAGAAUGCCAGUUUCCUGAGGAAUAUUCAGCAGAAGCUAGAUAAGCUUGAGAUGACACAGAAGGAGCAGGAGGAGCGCUGGUCUCUGUGGGCUUCUUCAAGAGAGUUUGCAGACGUCUGUGACUUACCUUCAGCCCUGGGCCCCCCAGCUUCAAGCUAUGUUCCUCCUGCCAUGCAGCUGCCAGGGGACCUGCAGCCGGACACUGAAGGCAACUGCCCGACCCUAGCAGAGUCUCCAAGAACAAUGAGGGACUUUCAAGGAGGACAUUUUGGCAAAAGGUCCAAGAAAAGAAGCAGCUGUGGCUGGACACCUUUCACCCCUUUCCCCCGAGUCACUGAAGAAAGCACUAGGGAUCAGUUGGAGAAGGGCCAACAGCUGCCAUCUCUUUGUGGUCCUGGAAAACAGAGCAGAGGUGAACAGUUUCAGCCUACUCACGGAGCCAAGGACAGUUUGGAAAGAAACAGGAACCAAAAUACCAGCAGCCAGGGAAGGCCUAGAGAGUCCAGUGCCCGAACCAGAACGACACAGCUCAGUAGUGCACUCCUCACUGUGCCAAGGCACCCACAGGGACCACUCACGUCAUCCAGCCCUGGCUGGGGCUCUUCCAGGAUCAGUAUGGAAUCUGUGUCUUCUAAAAUCUAUAACACAAAGUCAAGAAAUAAUGAAGAUGCUGGAGAGAGACACUUAAAAUGGAAAACGGAGGUGAAAGAAAUGGCAGAGAAAGCAGCUACUGGGCAGCUGGCAGUACCUCCUUGGCAUCCUCAGAGUAGUGUGACUUUAGAAAAUGAGGCUGAAAACAGGCCUGAUCCCCUGCUGCAGCCCCCCAUUAGGGUCCCUGAGCACGUGGAUUGGCGGCAAGCUGUAGAGCAUCCCAAGAAAAAUGAUGAGCCAGGAGGAAAUGGCAAGUGUGACAAAACAGACAGCAGUGACCACAACAGUGACCAGCAUGGCAGACAGCCAGGGCCUCGAAGUUUCACCGGUAUCAGGCACCUGCCCCCCAGAAAAUAUGAGCAGCCAGAGCAUAGUGAAGUCUUUCAAGCAAAGUCUGAUGCACCUGUGGUUGUUGAGAAGUCUUACAGCGAUCAGUCCGUGCAAUCAACUUGUUCACCAGAGUUUUCUGAAGACGUAACAGAUGAAUUUUUAACUCCAGACCAUGAAUAUUUUUACUCCUCAACUGCUCAAGAAAACUUGGCUCUAGAGACCUCAAGUCCCAUUGAAGAAGACUUUGAAGGAAUACAACAUGCUUGUGCUCGACCUCAAGCCUCUGGUGAAGAAAAGUUCCCAAUGAGAAAAAACCUUGGAAAGAAUGCUGAAAUUUUGACCAGGUCUCAAUUCCAACCUAUACGAAGUACUGAAGAUGAACAAGAGGAGACAUUAAAGGAGUCACCAAAGGAAAUGAAAGAGAAAGACAUAUCAUUGACAGACAUUCAAGACCUGUCUAGUAUCUCCUAUGAACAAGAUGGUUCUUUUAAGGAAGUCUCAUGCAAAACACCCAAAAUAAACCACGCGCCUACUAGCGUCAGCACUCCGCUCAGCCCGGGGUCAAUUUCUUCAGCUGCUAGUCAGUAUAAGGACUGUCUUGAAAGUAUCACAUUUCAGGUUCAAACAGGGUCUACCUCAUUCUGGAACAGUCAAGAAUCUAUUCAAACUUUGUCUGAUAAAUUUACAACUGUCCGAGAGAAAGCAAAGAGCCUAGAUUCCCAUCUUACUUCCUCUGGAACUCUUCCUUCAAGACUGACUAAUCUCAAAAGAUUGCCUACAUUUACUGGGGCUGGUUCCUCCAGCAUUGCUAAGGCACCUGACACAUCAUCCCGUGCCACUCAGAGGAGGAGCCUGCAGAAAGAACUAGUAGAAGCCAUCUCGCAACAUCACACUGAUGAACUACCACCACCAUCUCAGGAGCUGCUUGACGAAAUUGAGCACCUGAAGCGGCAGCAGGCCUCAUCCACAGUGUUGGAUGAGAACACAGCAAGUCACCUGGGCAUCGCUGCAAGUGAUCAAAGGCAUUUAGAAGAACAAGAAACUAACAGUAAUAAAGAAGACAGCAGUAUGCUUUGGACCAAAGAAACUCAGCAUCUAGAAGAGGAUACAGAGAGAGCUCACUCUACGCUUGAUGAGGACCUGGAAAGAUGGCUGCAGCCACCUGAGGACAGCACGGAGCUACAGGGUCUCCCCAAGUGCUCGGCAAGGGAGACAAAUACUAAAGAUCAAGAAGUUGGUGAAAAGAAGAGAAAAGGGGAAGAAAGCAUCACGCCAGAGAGAAGGAAGUCAGAGAGCUUUUUAGGGACUUCUGAAGAAGAGGAACUAAAACCCUGUUUUUGGAAGCGACUGGGUUGGUCCAAACCAUCCAGGAUAAUCGUGCUGGAUCAGAGUGACUUGUCAGACUGACCGGAAGUGGACCAUAGAUGGACUCCUGGCCUGCGUUUGAAUGUCCUGCUCGUGAGCUCCCUUCUUCCCUCAUCUGCUUCAGUCACCAUUAGGGCAGUGGUUCCAUUGCUCACACUUUGUUCAGCCGCCACAAUAGACAGAACGACUUGUUUGUUUGCAGCACAUUUAACCAUUUGUUUUCAGUCAGAUUUCUGAAAAGUAAACGGUAGUUUUGAUUGUAAAGCUUUCUCAUUGUGCCCAGAAUGGCGUUUGGUUUUUUUAUAUAAAUGUUCAAA